UCCGGGUGUUGGACGGUCCUUUUCCGGUGCCUAAAAAACUGAGGAGUUUGGCUAGCUUAGCCCUCCGAUUCAAUCUAAAGCCAUCGACCCUGAAAGGAGUGAUAGAAGUUUGCCAAAAUGACCGAGCAGAUGACUCUGAGAGGGACCCUGAAGGGCCACAGUGGUUGGGUGACCCAAAUCGCCACGACUCCUCAGUUUCCCGACAUGAUUCUGUCCGCGUCCAGAGACAAGACCAUCAUCAUGUGGAAGCUGACGCGUGACGAGACCAAUUACGGCGUCCCUCAGCGCGCUCUGCGUGGCCACUCGCACUUCGUCAGCGAUGUGGUCAUCUCUUCAGACGGCCAGUUUGCUCUGUCCGGGUCAUGGGACUCCACUCUUCGUCUCUGGGAUCUCACCACGGGAACCACAACCCGCCGUUUUGUUGGACACAUGAAGGAUGUGUUGAGUGUUGCCUUCUCUGCUGAUAACCGCCAGAUUGUGUCUGGCUCCCGGGACAAGACCAUCAAGCUGUGGAACACUCUUGGUGUCUGCAAAUACACCAUCCAGGAUGAAGGUCACACUGAGUGGGUAUCCUGCGUGCGCUUCUCACCCAACAGCAGCAAUCCCAUCAUUGUCUCCUGCGGCUGGGACAAGCUGGUCAAGGUGUGGAAUCUGGCCAACUGCAAGCUGAAGACCAACCACAUUGGUCACACUGGCUUCCUGAACACGGUCACCGUCUCCCCUGAUGGGUCCCUUUGUGCUUCUGGUGGAAAGGACGGGCAGGCCAUGCUGUGGGAUCUGAAUGAAGGCAAGCACCUGUACACUCUGGAUGGUGGCGACAUCAUCAACGCUCUCUGCUUCAGCCCAAACAGAUACUGGCUCUGCGCAGCCACCGGGCCCUCCAUCAAGAUCUGGGAUCUGGAGGGUAAAAUCAUUGUUGAUGAGCUGAGGCAGGAGGUGAUCAGCACCAGCAGCAAGGCCGAGCCGCCGCAGUGCACUUCCCUGGCCUGGUCUGCUGAUGGACAGACUCUGUUUGCUGGCUACACUGACAACCUCAUCAGAGUGUGGCAGGUUACCAUUGGAACCCGAUAGACACCUUAAUUCCAAGAACAAAAUGCUAAGAAUGGAACUUGGAUAAAAACAAAUAAAGUAAUAAAAAUCGGA